CCCCUCCAUUCCAUCACCCUCCACACUCCAAUAAGCAUCUAGAGGCUCAGAUCACACAAUGCACGGCUCCGGACGCGUCUUGCUUCGCGCCGCCGCGCGUGCCAACGGCGCCGCACGCCGCUCCCUCACGUCGCUCAGCAGCAGCGCUGGCGUUCUGGCUGCACGCUCCGCCAACUCCGGUGCGCUAAAGCUGCGCGGCGCCGGCGCUGUGACGGCGCGUGCACAGCGUCUCAACGCUGCAUCCACCGUGCAGUUCCGCGCGUUCUCGAGCUCAGGCGAUGCGACAGACGUGCCUGUGCCGUCCAUGGGCGACUCUAUCUCGGAGGGUACUGUCGUGGAGUGGCUCAAGCAGCCAGGAGACGCUGUGGCCGAGGAUGAGGUCGUGGUUGUGCUCGAAACGGACAAGGUGAGCGUGGACGUC